UAAAAAAGACCAAUAUGCAAAGAAACGUUUGAUAGAAAGAAAAACUUCAGUACCCAAUAAAAGAAGACCCACUCAACUUAUCCAAAUAUUGAAAUAUAAAGUUGAAGUCAAUUAUAACAGUAUUGAUGAUGGCUAUGAUAAUGAAAAAAAAAAAAAAUUUUGUUGGUUAAGAAGUAGGAAUUAUAUUAACAACCAACCAAUGAAAACCAAGAAAACCUAUUCUUUAAUUGAUGAUAAAGACUUAAUGCAAUAUAAUAACAACACUCUUCUCACUAGAGCUCCAAAAAGAAAAAGAGGCCUAUCAAUAAUUGACUUACUUGCUCUAUACAAUAUGGCUAAUUACAUAUUAACUAAACCUGCAAGUGCCACAGUUAGACAAAUGCUACAGUAUCCCAUACAACAUAGAAAUCUGGCAAAAGCCCUUCAAAGGCCUUCUAUUAAGUUGCAUCAACCUGGUGAAAAAGUUGAAAUUAAGAACUUCUAUGAUGAUGAAGAUGACUUGUUCGACCAGUUGAUCUAUAAAGAUGAAAAAGUAGAAGAAACACAAGAUGUACAAAGCUUUGCAACAUACCUUUCCCAUGCUGAAGAAUUACAAAUGACUCCUGUAGAACUCAAGGUGGAUGAUCUGAAAGAAAAAGUUGAGAAAAUGUGUGUUAAUAAAGAAUUAGAUGCUAAACAACAAAAAAAAGCCAAAAAACUACUAGAAAGAGAAAAGAUAUUUUUGCACAAACCAUCAAUGAACUUGAAUACACCAAUCACACUUAUGAUAUAA